GUCACGGGCGAGCGCGGUCGCCGCCGACCCGGGCCUGGGAAGGCUCCGCUUCCUGCAGUGGUCGCCCGUGCUGACCCCACUCUCUGCGCCCCUCCCGGGGCCGCCCUGCCCGGUGGAUUUCGGAAGACCAUGAAACGGUGGGGCACGCCCCUUUAGAAGCUGUUGUUCAAGACAAUCUAGUUUUGUUUCCUAAAUCUCCUAAGUCACUUAUGAAGUUUCUUGUUCAAAGAUUGCCGCAUUGCAAUGAAGAAAAGGAGAAAGGUUACUUCAAAUCUUGACGAGAAGAUCCAUCUAGGCUAUCAUAAAGAUUCUUCAGAAGAAAAUGCUACUGUGGAGUGUGGCCAAGUGACCUAUACCCAGUCUACAGAAAGACCAACUCCUGAAGCUCUUCAGUGUUGCCAAGAACUUCCUCCCUCUCCAGAUCAGAGAAAGCUUUUGAGUUCUUUGCAGUACAAUAAGAAUUUGCUGAAGUAUUUGAACGAUGAUAGGCAGAAGCAACCAUCUUUCUGUGAUUUACUUAUCAUAGUAGAAGGGAAAGAAUUCAGUGCGCAUAAAGUAGUAGUUGCUGUUGGAAGUAGUUACUUUCAUGCGUGUUUGAGCAAAAAUCCAAGCACUGAUGUUGUCACCCUGGAUCACGUAACGCAUUCAGUUUUUCAGCAUUUGCUUGAGUUUCUCUACACAUCAGAGUUUUUUGUGUACAAAUACGAAAUACCUCUUGUUCUAGAGGCCGCAAAAUUUUUGGACAUUAUAGAUGCAGUAAAGCUGUUGAAUAAUGAAAAUGUUGCAACCUUUCAAGCAGAACUCACUGAAAAGUCUUCACCAGAAGAAAGUUUAAAUGAGUUAACUGGAAGACUAUCCAAUAAUCACCAGUGCAAAUUUUGUAGUAGGCAUUUCUGCUACAAAAAGUCCUUAGAGAAUCAUUUAGCUAAAACUCACAGGUCUCUGUUACUGGGGAAAAAACAUGGGUUAAAAAUGCUGGAGCGAAGUUUUUCUACCCGGAGGUCGAAGAGGAAUCGGAAGUGUCCUGUUAAGUUUGAGGACACCAGCGAGGACGAACAGGAAAGUGGGGAUGGGUCAGACAAUUUGCAUCAAGAAAGUUUUGAUAAGGAGAGGUCAGAUAGAAAUGAUUCUGAGGACCCUGGAAGUGAAUAUAAUGCAGAAGAUGAAGAGCUGGAGGAGGAAGUGUCAGACGAAGACUCUGACACUGAGCAGAGUGACAAAGACAAUGAUGCAGAAGAGGAACCUGAGGGUGGCGACUCUGCAGGAAGCAUCCACGAAGGGUUAGCUCCUGUCAUCAUUCAGAACAGCAAUAAGAAAAUCCUGCAGUGUCCCAAAUGUGAUAAGACAUUUGACAGGAUAGGGAAAUAUGAGAGCCACACCCGUGUGCACACAGGUGAGAAGCCUUUUGAGUGUGAUAUUUGUCACCAGCGUUACUCGACAAAGUCUAACUUAACUGUCCACAGAAAGAAGCACAGUAACGAGGUAGAGUUUCAUAAGAAGGAGCACAAGUGCCCUUACUGUAACAAGCUGCACGCGAGCAAGAAGACGCUAGGCAAGCACGUCAAGAGAUUUCAUCCUGAAAAUGCACAAGAAUUUAUUUCCAUCAAGAAGACUAAGAGUGAAAGUUGGAAAUGUGAUAUUUGUAAGAAAUCUUUUACUCGAAGACCACACUUGGAGGAACACAUGAUUCUGCAUUCACAAGAUAAGCCUUUCAAAUGUACCUAUUGCGAAGAACAUUUCAAGUCCCGGUUUGCACGGUUAAAGCAUCAAGAGAAGUUCCAUCUAGGACCCUUUCCAUGUGAUAUAUGUGGUCGUCAAUUCAAUGACACUGGAAAUUUAAAACGCCAUAUAGAAUGUACUCAUGGUGGAAAGAGAAAAUGGACUUGCUUUAUUUGUGGGAAGUCAGUACGAGAAAGAACUACUUUGAAAGAACAUUUGAGAAUACAUAGUGGAGAAAAACCUCAUCUUUGUAGUAUCUGUGGGCAAAGUUUUCGUCAUGGAAGCUCAUACAGGCUUCACUUACGAGUGCAUCAUGAUGAUAAAAGAUAUGAGUGUGAUGAAUGUGGGAAAACAUUUAUUCGCCAUGAUCACCUUACAAAGCACAAAAAAAUACAUUCAGGCGAGAAGGCUCAUCAGUGUGAAGAGUGUGGAAAGUGCUUCGGUCGCAGGGAUCACCUCACUGUUCAUUACAAAAGUGUGCAUCUGGGAGAGAAGGUGUGGCAGAAAUAUAAAGCAACGUUUCAUCAGUGUGAUGUUUGUAAGAAGAUUUUUAAAGGAAAAUCAAGUCUGGAAAUGCAUUUUCGGACACAUUCAGGUGAAAAACCAUACAAGUGUCAAAUUUGCAAUCAGUCAUUUAGGAUUAAGAAAACUUUAACAAAACACCUGGUUAUUCACUCUGAUGCCCGGCCUUUCAAUUGUCAACACUGCAAUGCCACAUUUAAGCGGAAAGAUAAGCUGAAGUAUCACAUUGACCAUGUUCAUGGGAUAAAAUCUCCUGAUGAUUCUCUCAGUACUUCUGAGGAAAAACUCAUGUCUUUGCCAAUAGAGUACUCAUCUGACGAUAAGAUCUUUCAAGCAGAAACAAAACAGUAUCUGGACCAGCCCAAAGUUUAUCAGUCGGAAGCCAAGACUAUGCUACAGAACGUGUCUGCAGAAGUAUGUGUUCCAGUAACAUUGGUCCCAGUUCAAAUGCCUGACACAUCCAGCGAUCUGGGGCCUCACACCACCACACUUCCCACGUCGUCCCAUGAGAUGCUGUCUCCACAGCCACAGCCAACUGAUUAUCCUCGCGCAGCAGACUUAGCAUUUCUGGAAAAAUAUACUCUUACUCCUCAGCCUGCAAAUAUAGUUCACCCUGUCCGACCUGAACAGAUGCUAGAUCCUAGAGAACCGUCUUAUCUUGGAACAUUACUGGGCCUCGAUAGCACAACUGCUGUUCAGAAUAUGUCCAGUAGUGAGCAUCGUUCAUGAGUAAACAUUCCAUAGAUGUUUGUAAGCCGACAGCCAGAGCAACUGGCUUUGGAAUUAGUAGGCUGCUAUUUUUUUCCCCAUUUUUUUUUUCUAAUUUCUCAAGUCUUCAGAAUCUUCAAAUCAAGAAAAGUUUAUUUCUAUUGACUGAAUACUUGGACACAUUUUGACAUAAUAUUUCAAGUAUGAUUUUUUUUUAAAAAGAUCAUCUAGUACUAAUUUUUAAAUUUUUAAAUUUCAGAUUAUUAGCUGCUGACAAUGGUGGAGAUAUUUUUUUAAAUCAUCAGUGGACUUUUUUCCUUUCCUUUUCUUUUCUCUUUUCUUUUCUUUUCUUUUUUGAGACAGGGUCUUAGUUUGUAGCCCAGGGUAGCCUCAAUUUGUGACAGACUUUCUGCCUUAGCUAACAAUUGCUAGGAUUACAGGUGUGAGCCCCAAGCCAAGGAUUUACUUUUAAUCACCUAUUUUCUCCAUUUCCCAUAUUGCUAUGAAGUUUUAAGAACCAUGUAGCCUAUAGGAAGGAAUGUAAACAUAUGUCAAUAAUGGCAAACAUUUAAUACUAAUUAAAUAUUUCAUUCAGAUUUUCAAAAUUGAGUUUAGAAAUUUAUUGAAAUUUCUUACAUAUUUUUGUAAGAAAAUGUUGAUACUUGGAGGUUGUCAGUAUAUUUGGGUUUUUCACAAGCCAAAAUCCAAGAGCUAACAAAUUCAAGAUUAGCAUGCUAAAUGAAAUUGUUAUUUUAAUCCAAAUAAUUGGACCUGUACUCAACUAUGAUAAGUAAUAAAUACAAACUUAGCUCUAGGCAUUAUGUUAUCUAAUUGAGUAUAUUGUAACGAUUAGAUGUCAGCUUUGCCUACAUAUAUCGUCAGUAUACAUGUGCAUUUGGUCUCUGGCACAUACUCCAUAUUCACAGCACGUGUCAGCACCUACUCAUGAAUAAAGAAGGGACAGGUAUAACCAAGUUGAUGGCAGUUCAAGUAAGUCUUGCAGUUAGCAUGUCAUCUACCGCAGUUGGAUGACUGAUACAGGGAAACAGAACCGAUAUAUUUUACAUAUAGUUAUCAGAAAAGGUGCCAAACCAGUCCUCUAAUUUGCCCUACCUUAACUCAGUGAUCUUCAGCAGAGUUCGCUACUGUUGGUGUGUAGAUCGACACUUAAGCCAGAUCUUUAUUUUUGCUUCUGUGUGAGAUUUGUCUCUAUUCUUCAUUGUUUUUGGAUGAGGCAAUGGUUGAAGUCUUGGUGAAAGGAAAUAGGAAUUAUAGCAGCACUUCACAGAUUAAGUGAAGAAAAAAUCUGCCAGAAUUGUGAAAUACCUUUAGAGAUGUGCACUUUGCAUUUUUUUUUCAAGUUAAUUUCAUCUUAAUGUAGGAUGAGGUUUACUUUGUGGAGUUGCUGAUGCUUAGACCAGGCAGGCUUGACUCACUGUUGACAUGCAGUUUGUAUGGAAACUACUGGAAAAAUGGCAGUUUAAAAAAUUUUUUUCUAUUUCAAUUUGUUUACACUCCUAAUUGCGUUUAGCACUUUUGUGUGUGUGUGUGUGUGUGUGUGUGUGUGUGUGUGUAAACUGUAACGUCUUGCCUGGCCCUUGUGGGUUUUGAAAACAUAUCACAAAUAAAAUAAUGAACUUUUAGUGAAUAAAAUGCAAUCCAUAAGGAGGAAACUGUUUAAGCACUUAAGGAAUGAAGGUACUUUAUAGGGACAGUUGCCAUAUUGAUGUUCCAAGAGCACGUUGCAAAUUGAGGCAUCAACCAAAGUAGAUAAUAUAAAUAGUAAAGAUAACCUGAGCUUUGCCUCACUUAUCAAAGUUUGGUUGUUGUAAUUGUCUUUGGACUAGUGAACUUAAUUUUGUAUUAUUUCUUAUUGCUAAAGCAUUCUUACUUAGUGUGGAAGUGUUCUGUGGACACUAAUGAUGGAGCUAGUGUCUGAGCACUAUGAGUCCUAGACUUUUAAAUCAUUGUCAAGAGUACAGAUUUGUGAUUUUUAUCUGAAAGGCAGAUAAGAUUUUUAAUUAAAUAUCUUACUAAAAUGAAAACAUCACACCUAGAAAUGUACUUUGCUCUAGAGAUAAGCUAAUGUAGAAAAAUUUGGGUUUAUCAAAAAAGGCAAAUGGUAUAUAUGUAUUUAUGUGCAUGAUAAAUUGUAUAUUUUGACAGAAACGGAGGGUACAACAUUUUCACAGUGGAACUAUUCCCUUGGGUUUUGAAGGUGUUUAAGGUUCUUUCAGUAAUGAUACUCUAACACUUUAAAUAUAUGACUUAAUUUUAGGAAUUGGUUUACAUAGGACUUUUUAAGAAUAUAGCUCUUAUGUAGAGUGACAUACAAUUGUAUAAUUGUAUUUAGCUAUUAUUGUAGACAAGCUGGAAUAGUGUCUGUUAUCAAAAACAUCUUCACGUUAUCUCAUUUGAACCUCGUAAGCAGUUUUGAAGUAAAAAGGAAAUGAUGUAUUUCCAUUUUAAAGAGAGAGGACUCAUUUUGACUCUACUCAUGGCAGAACUGCUCUUAAUGGAAGGAGGAGACACCAAGCAUUAACAAAUACCUACUGUGUGCAAGUCCUUCCUUCUCUUGUUCCUAACGCAGUCUGGAGGUAGACAGUUAUAGUAUUUAGGAAGAAAUAAGUAAACCCUCAAUAAUGAAAAAAUUACCUGUUCCCUCUAGUUUCCAAAAACAUAAGAACAUGGAUUUGAGUAAACUGAAUGUAUAUUAGUAUUUUAAGUUGGCACAAAAAUUAAGAAAUGGGCCCCACUCUUAGUUGACCUUUUUAUGACUUUAAGAUCAUUGUUUUGUAACUAUGAUUAAUGUUUUGAAUCUUGCAAGUAGGUUUAGCCUCAUUGUGAAUAUUUUAUUUUGUGAGUAUAAUUUAUUGUUUUAAAUUAAUUUUGAUAGAUACAUUAGCACUUAAUCUGUAAAUUGAAUAAGUUAUUGAGUGCAGAAAUUUAUUAACUUACUGACUCUGACUUAAUGCACCAAAGAUUUUGAGUAGGUAUUGAGUAGUUUAAAAGAAUUUAAAUUCGUUGUUGUUUGACUAUAUAUAUUUGUCCAAAGAAGCACAGCUGAAGUCCUUGGAUACUGAAUUUUAAAAAUUGUUAGUUUGAAUACUGAGAUAAAGUAUUAAAUGUUUGUGUUUAUAUGUAUAAAAUAAGUAGAGGAAAAUACUCUGGGAACAUUCAUACUGACCAACCAGUUACAAGUGAGAAUACUCAUUUCUCUCAGUUUAGUUGAAUGCAGUUUUUUAAUAAACACUAUUCAAUAAUCUUAUAUUUUACACUACAUUAUAAAAAUAAUUUCUGCCUUAGAGGGGUUUUUUUGUUGUUUUUAGAUCAAGUCGAGGUUAUUUUUAUAAGAAAUCUCUUUGGUUUUGACAGCCUAAAAUACCACUUAACCAUAGGGGUUGUUCCUCAUGCCAGCAAGGUCCCUUCAAGCUACUAUAAAAGGAGUAAAGUUUGCAGACUUUUAAUUUAGAACUUUACUGCUGGGCAAAAGAGGAAUAAAUUUACCAUUUUAAACUGGUGCUUUAAUAAACUGACUGCCUUUUAAGUGAUGGUAGCAUAAAGGAAGUACACUGCUUUCUUUCAACCCUAAAAAGUGUCAAAAACCUUUAUGGAGUGACUAUAAAUAUUAAGGGCUAAUCAGUUCCACCCAUUGCUUUUCACUCAAUCACAAGUUACCUAAACACAACUAACCUGGUAUGUUUAUGAGCUUGAAUGUUCUUCCUACAAUAUCACUCUAAUUUAUUAUUUAUGGAGAGGUUUUUGAACAUUAGUUAAGAGUGUCCUUUUAGACCAUCUUUAUUGAAUUGAAUACUUUGUACUUUUUCAGAGAUGUGUAGUUGUGUAGCAUUUUUUCUCUGUUGCCUAGAUUGUACUGGUAAAUAAAUGACUUGUUCAUUUUGCUUUA